AACCUCCCGGGGGUAUCACAGUACCACGUCUGCAGAGGGAAGAGGAGAGGGGGUCAGGAUAGGCUGACGAGAGUCCAGCAGGCAGAGGACAGGAGGAGACAGAGAGCUUUUUAAUUUGUGUGGAAACAAAAGCCUGCUGCAACAUCUGGAGCAAAGCGCAGGCUGAACUCGGACAGCCCCGCAAGCCCCCCUCUUUACUUCCUGCCUUCAGGAACGACAGCGAAGUUGAUAACCGUGAGCAAAGCAAAAAAGAAAAGAAAAACAGGGAAAGAAUGCACAGACCGGAGAUGUAUCAGUUGAAAUAACGCGAGUUUGAAGUUGCAGAGAGGCGCGUUUUUAAUUUUUACUGUUACUAUUUUUCAGUUCGUCUCGCCAAGUCGUUGUUUUCUUCUUUCUAUCCGCAGACGAUGUUUUGACAAAAAAAAAAAGAGAGAGAAAAGAAAAGAAAAACAGGGGAAAGAUUGUGCAGACGUGUACAGGGACAUCUGCCAAAGUUAGGUAUCUGUUCCUUUCUUCUUCUUUUUUUUUUGUGGGUGAAGCGAUGAUGCCCGAGGUGAGAUCGGUGGUCCGGCUGCUGCUGGUGGCAGUGGUCUGGGAACUGAGAGCGCAUGGAGCGACGCAGCGGCAGAUCAACCCGGAGUCAUGGCUGCAGCAGUAUGGCUACCUUCCCCCAGGAGAUCUGAGGACCCACUCUCUUCGCUCCCCUCAAUCCGUCUCCUCAGCCAUCGCCACAAUGCAGAGGUUCUACGGCCUCACAGUAACCGGUGCCAUCGACGAGAAAACGAUUGCGGCCAUGACGCGACCGCGCUGUGGGGUGCCAGAUAAGUUUGGAGCUGAGCUGAAGAGCAACUUGAGGAGGAAGCGCUACGCCAUCCAGAACCUGAAGUGGCAGAAGAACCGCAUCACUUUUUCCAUCCAGAACUACACCCCGAAGGCGGGCGAGUACGAGACCUACGAGGCCAUCAGGAAGGCCUUCAAGGUGUGGGAGAGCGUCACCCCACUCCGCUUCCAGGAAAUCCCCUACAGCCACAUACGGGACAAAGUUGAGGAGUUUGCCGACAUAAUGCUCUACUUUGCGGAGGGUUUCCACGGCGACAGCAGUCCUUUCGACGGCGAGGGGGGCUUCCUGGCGCACGCCUACUUUCCUGGCAACGGCAUUGGAGGAGACACUCACUUUGAUGCAGCCGAGCCGUGGACGACUGGAAACCAGGAUCUGUACGGAAAUGACGUCUUCCUGGUGGCGGUGCACGAACUGGGCCAUGCUCUGGGUCUUGAGCACUCCAACGACCCGUCGGCCAUCAUGGCUCCGUUCUACCAGUGGAUGGACACGGACAACUUCCAGCUUCCUGAUGAUGACCGCAGGGGCAUACAGCAACUUUACGGGUCUGGAUCAGGUCCGCCACCCCCUCCCUUCACACCGCACCCACCUGACCACGACCCUCAGCCCACCUACUCGCCGGACAGACCUCACUAUGGUCCCGACAUCUGUGAUGGACACUUUGACACCAUCGGGAUCUUUAGAGGAGAAAUGUUUGUCUUCAAGGACAAAUGGUUCUGGCGAGUACGCAACAGCCACGUGUUGGAUGGAUACCCCAUGCCCAUUGGUCACUUUUGGAGAGGAUUACCUACUCAAGUGAAUUCUGCUUUUGAAAAUGAGGAGGGGAAAUUUGUUUUCUUCAAAGGGGACAAGUAUUGGGUGUUUAGCGAAUCUAUUCUUGACUCUGGUUACCCCAAGUAUCUGAAGGAAAUGGGCUCUGGACUUCCCAAGGAUCGGAUAGAUGCUGCUCUCUUCUACACCCCCAACGGACAGACAUUUUUCUUCCGAGCUAACAAGUAUUACCGUUUCAAUGAAGACUCAAGAAGAGUUGAAGACGGUUACCCCAAAUCUAUCGAUAUGUGGCAGGGCGUUCCAGAGAACAUCAAGGCAGCCUUUAUGAGUAAAGAUCAAGCGUAUACCUACUUCUACAAAGCCAACAAGUACUGGAAAUAUGACAAUCAGAGGAUGCGCGUUGAGCCUGGAUACCCCAAAUCAGCGCUCCGUGACUGGAUGGGCUGCCCCAACGAGGAUUCCAAGACAGACGGCGGGAGAGGCGGCGGCGGCCACGAUAAAGACAAAGAGAAGGAAAGGGAAAAGGAAAAGGAAAAGGGACGAGAGGAUAAGGACAGAACUAGAGCUAAAGACAGGGAAACGGAGAAUGAGACAGAGACAGAGGAAGAGGUGGAUGUGACCAUUAUCGAGACGAACCAGGGGAACGGAGCAGUGGCUGUGGUGUUGCCACUGUUCCUACUGGUCUGUGUGAUUGCCACAUUGGCAGCCUUGGUGUUUUUCCGUAUGUACGGCACUCCACGCCGAAUCCUGUACUUCCAAAGAUCUCUACUAGACAAGGUGUAGGUGGGGGAAGAGCAGAAGGAGCUAGGGAAGAGGGGAAUAGGACAAAAUGGGAGCAAAGGUUCAACAGAUAGCCAAUCGGGAGAGAAAGAGCCGAAGGAAUAGUGCGAGACUUUUAUUUUCAAAUAAUCCUACCACUGCCUACUUCAUCCAUCUCUUAUCUCUUAACCACUGUGUUUUCCUCUCCUUUUCUCUCCUUCCCGCCCUCCUGUGGUAACUGACGCCAGCUUGUUGCUGUUUGUUUUAGCCAUUAUCAAUGUCUUGUAGUUGUUGCCAAUGGUAUGGUGUGUGUUCUCGUGAAUUUCCAGUUUGAACCUGCAUUUCCACAACGCAGAGUGAAGCAUGUUUUCUUUGCAUGAGAAUCCACCUCCAACUAGUCCUUCUCUCCUCUUGUUAAGCUUGAACAUACUCACUAAAACACACACACACACACACACACACACACACACACACACACUUGAAAGCCACAUUCAAAUAGUUGCUGUAUUUCUUAGUCUUCCAUUCAAACAACAUGUUGGAGCCAGUUUGGACCAUAAAAGGGAAACAAAGCAUCUGCUUCCGUCCUCAUAAAACAUGACACACACUCACGAGUUCAGUCAUUCACAACAGCUGAUUCGGUAUCUUUAUGUUCAGUGACUAAUUUUGUCGAGAAUGAUGUUGUCAUUAGCAUUAUGACUGUUACUAUUAUUGUUGAAUGUUUUUGUUUUACUUUUUUUUUUGUAAAUUGACAUUAAAACGUCCUGCUGGACAGAGACAUACACUUUGGAAAGUGGCCUUAAUUUUAUACAUGUGGGGACAGUGAACAGGGGAACGGGGCUAUGUAUGCUUGAAACUUGAUUGUUUUUUGUUUUUUUUAAAUAUACAUUGACUCUAUCUCAAAUGAAAAUAAAUUGAAGAUUUAAGAAAAAAAUGACUCCUUUUUUUGUCAUUGUACUUGAACAGUUUUUAUUUUUUAAGUAUGGUGCUACAUUCCUAGUCAGGGGGUAAAAGUAGUUCAACGGUGACAAUAAUAGUAGUGAUUAUGAUUAUAAUGACAACUAUUUGGUUUUAACAAGACUGUGUGUACUUCCUCUUUUCCCUUUUUCUCUUACAUGAAUAAAGUAAUUUUAAAAGGCUUUCUGUGCUUUAAUUUUCACUCAGUAAAUUUCCCUUUUUUAAACGCUUACUCAUAAUCCAGCUCUCACCUGGGCGCUCCAGCUGAAUCACUUGUGCCGAUCGUGUCUCUUUUACAUCUGGUCUUCCCCACUCUCCCUGGACCUCCAGGUUUCUUGUUCCCCGACCGCACCACUGCAAUACUGGGGCUCAGGAACUGGCAGGAACUUUAACUGGGUUGGAAAAUGCCGAGCGGAUCCAAAUCUUAAGUAGAAACAGGGAUGAGGACGAUUGUAUAAACCUUGUUGCUGCACAGCAGAAAAAACAUAUCUAAACUAUACAAUUAAAGAUACAAAAAGAGAGAGAGAGUCUGUGUGUGUCCUUGCCUUUCCAUGCUUUUGGGGACCGUGCGUGGAAUGCAAGCACAAGAUGACGAGGACGCUGAAAAGACGAAGGACUUUGUUUUCUAUGUGACUUAACGUUUGAAUCCAGAGUUUAAAAAUCAGUCAAAAGUUUGUCUAUUUUUAAUAAAUCAGUGAUUAAAUGUAGAAAAUAAAAAAGACAGCAAUACA